UAUCAUUCGCUAUCAGCACCUCAACAAGUAAACUUACAAGAAUGGAAGGUCCUCUGUCGUUUCUCCAAGUGGAUCCUGCCUGCCUCUUUCUCCUUGUUCUGGGAAUUUCACUGGUGGAUUUCAUCAUCAACAAGUGGUCCUGUCCAAAGGGAGGCUUAUCCUGCCGCCCGUCGAGAUCUGCUCUUCCUGCCAAGAAGAACACAAACUGCGAGAAUGAAACUCCUUUGGUCAGAAAUCGAGGUUUGCGACAUCGCGCUAAACUUCUGGCUAGCGUCAAACGGCGGCUCGAUUAUCAGUUUUAAGGAACCCAUGUUGUAGAAAUAAGCAUUAAACUAUAUCAAAUAUGACAAUUAAAAUAAAUGUAUACACGUAUAAACCUUAA